UCGCUCUUGUCAAAAGUUGCUUGUUUUAGUUAUCCUGUUUGCUCCUUUUCCAUCAGGCGAUGCAUAGUGGUGACCAUUUUCGUCGGAACAAAGACAAACACCUAUAGUAUCAAGUCCAAUACACUUUAUUAUAGAUAAAGUCUUCUAUAGCUCAACGCUUUAUUCGAGAUUCCAAGUUCGCAUAUACGCUCAUGGGCACGACGAAAAGUCGUAAAACCAGGCGUAAUACUUCCAGACCCACAGCCUUCAACUUUCUGUCCAACAUUGCACUUGGAAAUGAACAAGGCAUAUCGCAUCAAGAUAACAAUGAACCCAAUGCAUUCCAAAGUCACAUUGGCAUCCAGACCAUGCCGUGGGCUGCGGAAUCCAGCAAUAAGGCCAUGUAUCCCAUACCCGAUGCAGAUGCAGGACGACAUGUUUCCUAUAUUGGAGCUGCAUCGUUGCAUUCAACCGACAGCAGUUUAUCUCUUGAAGAGCAUAUUACUCGCCAGGGUACCUCUGUGGGUUCAAAGAAUCAGGUUACACCACCCCAUGCUUCAUCCUUUAUGACCCAUGGUUUCAUUGCCGGUCAAGACUCAUUCAUUACCAAAAAACUCGAUUCGCGCGAAGACAGUGCUACGAAUCGACGUAGAGCCUCCUUGGAAAGUCGUGAUAGCGUGCAACACCAUAAACUGACGCGCGAAGACAGCGAACGCCCUAUUGCUUCAGAGAAGAUUAAAAAGAAGUCCAUUCCGACAGAUAAAGAUUAUGAACAAGGCGGGUCCGGUCUGUUCUCUGUAUUUCGCUACUACACAUCCAAGAUUAAGCAAUCAGCAAAGAAAAAGUCGGAACCUUCUGGCGUCAAUCGCGGCUAUCUACACCAGCAGCUUGCGGGUCAUGAUCAUCACCGCCAUCGAAAAGCGCUUUCUUAUGCUCAAUUCCUUGUGGCUUCUGGUUCUCUAAGCGAACCGAUGGAAGAGACACUGGGUCAAAAAGACAGUUACGAUCCCAUCAUGCUGGAUAACGACAGCUAUCAAAUCUCUGCCAAUUAUUCUCAUUCUCUGAAUACAUCCACUCCGCAAAUGAUCCGGUCUUCCGAAUUAAAACGAGAGUUAAACGAACAAUUUAAACUGGCCCACCCAGAGAUACCACCUGAAAUUACGUUGAGCAAAAUUAGGGCCAUCAAACUGCACUUGUUGGAAAUCGGUCAAACGGUUGAUCUUGAAAUAUCCACCUUGGCCCACGCUUAUGUUUACUUUGAAAAACUCGUGAUAAAGAAUGUAGUGACCAAAAAGAACCGAAAACUCAUUGCGGGCUGCUGCUUAUUCUUGGCCAAUAAAAUCAAUGAAGCCAAAGGAACCCACUGCGGUGGACUGUUGGAGGCCAUUGACGAAGAAUUGGAUGUCGAUGCAGACGAUGUGUACAAGCACGAAUUUGCCGUGUUUGCGGAUCUUGAAUUUAACCUUUACAUUCCGCGACGUGAAUUUAUGCCGCACAUGGAGCGGAUAUUGAAACAGUUGGAAUAUACAGAUAUCAAAGAUCUUAUCGGUGAAGAUCACUUUUACGAGUUUUCAUGACCACCGCAAACCAUACAACCCAGAACACAUCAAAACAAACACAUAAAUGAGGGGAAAGAAAGGCAGAGAGAUCUUUUUUUUUAGCAUUAUAAUACAAUUCAUUUUCCAUUCCAAGAUGAA